GUCAGUCCAUGAUGGCUGAAGAUCCUGGCGGAACAUUUUUCAAUUUCUCUGUCAUUUUUCUUUCUUUCUCUUUACCUCAGCUUGCCAUAGAGACAUGGCAGGACUCACAGCUACGUUAAGCGUCCACAGAUCUCUGGUGUCGACAUGCCCAAGAAAGGGAACCGAAAACGGCUGAAAUUUAAGGCCGGGGACGUUUGUUCGGAAUCAGUCACUGUUGCUGAUUAUGCUGAUGCCGACCCAGCCGUUGUGAAGUCGGGGAGGGUGAAAAAGGCUGUUGCAAAUGCGAUUGAAAAAGAAGUAAAAUUACUCUGCGGCCUGGAGGCAUCGCAGGGUGCUGUAGAGGAAGUCCUCUCCUCCACAGUUAGUGUAAAAGCAGACGCUUUGUGCAGUAGUGAUGAGCUGGAUCCUGAAGAAGAUGGAGAAAGUGAAACUAAAGUGGGCCGCAAAAAGAAGAACAAAAGGAGAAAGGAAAACAGCGAGAGCAGUGACGGUGUAGAUUAUCCGGUGGACAUUUGGUUGGUGCUCUCCUCUUAUAUUCGGCCUGAGGAUGUGUGCAGAUUUGCUCUAAUCUGUAGGAAUGCCUGGACGGUCACUUGCACUGCAGCUUUUUGGACCAGACUCUAUAGGAGACACUACAGGAUUGAUGUUGAGCUGCCAUUUCGCCUCCAGCUUGGCUCUAUUGAGAAAAUGCGUUUCCUGCGGGCCUGUGUGAUUCGGUCCCUUUUCCACUUGUAUGAGCCGUUUACCUUGCGUGUGUCAAAAAUUCCUUUACUGCCAGAAUCCACGCCCACUACCGUGCUCAACUCCAAGUGUUUACUCUUCUGGGUCAAAAAGGUGUCCGGGACUCGGUCUGAAACACUUUGGGAGUUCAACUUCAAAUUUUUAAAGCAGCAGGGAAACGGUAAAAAUGGUUGUGCCAAGUCUUUGCUCAUGCCUAGACAGUAUGAAGACGUUCACAUGAAUCCAGAUUCUGACUGCUACGUGCUUCAGGUCACCACCCUCAACUUCAUCUUCACCCCAGUAGUCAUGGGCAUGACGCUGAGCCUGUUCACAAUCAAUGUAAGCACAGACAUGCGCCACCACCGCGUGCGGCUCGUGUUCCAGGACUCGCCCCUCCAGCGGGGGAAGAAGAGAGCAGAUCAAGGUGGGACCCAGGUGGUGCUGGAUCCUGUACACAGUGUGAAGCUCAUGGACUGGUGGCAUCCACAGUACCCCUCCUUACUCUACUCAUGAGUGACUCUCCUCAGAUCCUACUACAGCAGGCCAUUGAUCAGGAACUUUAUCUCACCACACUCGUAAAGCAGAUUAAGAAUAUUUGAUCUGUGUAUCAUGUUUAGUAAGGUUGUUUUUUUGUUUUUUUUCUUUCUUUUACCCAUUAUGAUUGUCAUUGUUAGAUGUUUAGUAAAAGCCAGAACUGCCUGGCUCAAAGUGAGACAGUCUGAUCAUACACUCAUGGGAGAGGGGAACGUGUAGUAUAAUAGGUGCAACCAGCUGCAGCCCGCCAGUUGUUCCCAUAGACAACAUUGUUGCAUGUUGAAUAUACACAUAUAACACAUUUUAUUCUGGAUUACAAAGUUCAGAGAACUCAUGGAGGCAUGGAUUAACGGGGUGGGGAAUUUGUACUGUCCCAUCCUGAUUUGUGUUUAUUCAUUUGUAAAGUUAGCUUAAAUUAUUUUGGCGUGUUGCUGCAACAACUUUUCAAUUUGAUUUAUUUUGAAGCAUCCUCACUUAGUGUUGUGUGAAAAUGACUGAAUCAGCUCUGCACUGAAGGGGCCAAAGAUGAUUUACCUCAGCAUCAUUAGCUGAUCAGGCAGUGUUUUUUUUUUUUUUUUUUUUUUCCACUGUUUCUUGGUUAAUAAUAUCUUGAUUGUCUUUUUGUGGCUCAUGUGAGCUGUGUCAUUUACUGCCACCCUUGCAGUGUUUCUUUGCUCUCAACUUUGAAUGUGUUCAGUGUCUUCAUAUGUGUUUGAAUGUGAGUACAGCUCUCCCUGGCAUAUGAUGAUUGGGGGGGAGAGAUACCACUGACACUAAUUUAUCCAUCCAUUGGAAAGUCCUAGUGGACUUUUUUUUUUUUCUCCACACCAGACAGUUUGACUUUGGGAAUAGUUUGUGAAAGCACAGGUGGGUUAUUGAUGAGGCUAAGUUUUCCUGUAAGCCAUCGCAGUAAGUCAGCAUGCAAAAGAGCAAGACCUCCCCCAGGUGUAACGUAGCAAUCAUUCAGAAACCUGUGCUUUCCCUACUGUGGCAAGUUCAAAAGUCUGUUGUUUAACAUGAACUUACUUGCACAUCUACUAUGAAGGGUAAAAAAGUCAUUAGAUUAACCAUAUGUAGUUUUUUUUUGGUGGCAGUACCCUUUAGCAGAGGACGGCUGGAUGUUUUGGUUGGCAGCUGUUGAUUGUUUUCGAGCGGGAUGUAAUUUUAACAAAUCAAAGCUCCUUUAAAACAUCAAUCACAGUAGUAAAAUUAAAAACUGAAACUGCCCAUUCAAAA